AUGCGGUAUGAGUGGUUACGGCGAGGCAAAGGGGCGACGGAGUUCUCUGCAAUUCCCGAUGCCGAGGGGGAGGUCUACACGCCCUCCUUCUCGGACGUGCACGCGUGCCUGGCUGUGCGCUGCACCCCGCUGCUCCACGGCCAGCCCUGCACGCCCCUCCUCCUCACCACCCCGCCAGUCGCCCCUGGUCCGGGCAUACCCCGAGUGCACCAUGUGUCGCUGGGAGGGGAGGCAGUGGAAGGGGGGGUCCUGACAGCCAUGGUGGAGGUGGGGUGGAGCUCGGGCGAGCCAGGGCCCUGCCAGUACAGUGAGUGGGGCAUGGGUGGUGCUGGGGGGGUUGCUGCGGGCGAGGGGGACUUACUUUGGGGGGGCGGAGGGGGCGAGUUUGCUGCAGUGCAGUGGUUCCGGGAGGAGGGGGUUGAGGCGGAGGAGGGGUUGGAUGAGGGGGGAGACGGAAGGAGUGCCACUGGUGCUGGUGGCAGCAGUGGUCGUGUGAGUGCAGCCCUCUCCAUCCACUCGCCCCACCGCCCUCUCUCCGUUCCCCUCCUUCUCAGACUGGUGCCAGUGGGCGAGGGCAGGGAGUACGCAGUGCAGGCAGACGACGUGGGCUGCCACUCUCCCUUGCCUCAAAGGGUGGUGGCUGGCUCAUGCUCCAUACUCACGUCACUCGCCCCAUCUCCCCCAUACUCCAGACUAAUACCAGUGGGCGAGGGCAGGGAGUACGCAGUGCAAGCAGACGACGUGGGCUGCCAUCUGCUGCUGCGCUACACGCCAGUCGCCUCCUCAGCGCUACCGCGAGCCAGCGACGUGGCAAUAGAGGGGCCGCUGGUGGAGGGGGCGGAGGUGCGAGUGCGGGCGCGGUUGCAGUGGGCAAAGGAGGGUCGCAGCGAGGUGGAGUGGUUCUUCACUCACACGCCACAUGCCCUUUCCACUGCUGAUCUUCAACCUAUCACUGCCGAGACACCCAACUCCAUGGCGCUCACAGUGCCUCUGGAGGCCAUAGGGUCGCACCUGGCAGUGCGGCUGGUGCCGGUGCGAGCAGAUGGUGUGAAGGGCAGGCCUGUGGUCGCCGUGUCCUCUGCUGCAGUCACAGAGGGCGAGCCGCAGGUGCUGAGUGCGGACAUGGAGGGGGAGGAGGAGGAAGGUGGUGUGCUGGUGGGGUAUUACACGUACCAGGGAGGCGCCGAGGGGGACUCGCUGCUCGAGUGGUACCGAUACGCGGACGAGGAGGGCCAGCCGGGGCCACACGGCGAGCUGGUGGAGGACGAGGAUGGCGAGCAGCCGCGGAUGGCGGGGGGGGGCAUGAGCAGGCACGUUCCGUCCGCUAGCGACGUCGGCUGCUUCCUCUCCUUCCGCGUCACCCCUGUGCGAUCCGACGGGGCGGUCGGCACCCCGCAGGCCGUCUGCACGGCCGGCCCGAUCCGGGCGGCGCUGCCGUCCGUUAGUGACGUGUGGGUGGAGGGCGAUCUGGUGGAGGGCGGGCGGCUGCUGCCCAGGUGGACGUAUGCGGGCGGCAGGCAGGGCAACACACGCGUGCAAUGGUUCUCGGUACUCAUUCCAACAAUACUCCUCCCGAUUCCCACUUACCGCUCCCCCACCCAUCCCCACCGCUCUCCAUCCCUGCAGAUGCUGCCAGACAUGAGUGACAGGCGCCGCAUACACCCCCUCAACCACCAGGAGGAGGAGGAGGGGGAGGAGGAGGGGGAGGAGGAGGGGGAGGAGGAGGGGGAGGAGGAGGGGGGGCUGCGAGUGGGGGCGGAGGAGGUGGGGCGGGUGGUGGUGGUGGUGUGCGUGCCUGUGAGGGUCGAUGGGGAGGAGGGCGCUGCUGUGGAGAGCAGUCCUGUUGGGCCCAUCAUGGCAGGUAGGGGGCAAGGGAGAGGGGCGGGCAAGGGAAGAAAGGGUUAG